ACCAUUAUUAGCCCUUCCCUAGCUAGUCCUAUCAUCUUUCUUUCUCUCUCUUCCUCAUCUUCCGGGCUAUAUUUUCUUCUUUUCUCUGUCUUCUUUCUUUCUCUCUCUCCUUCUACUUCUUCAUAACAUAACAUCUUUUUUUCAGGGAAUUUUUGUUAUAAAUACUACAAGGGCAGAAUAAUCUUACUGUUGGAGUUUAGUAAGAUCACCAAUAGUUUCUUCUUUAAAAAAAAACAACCCAAAAGAUACAACAAUAUCUAUAUCUAUAUAUAUAUAUAUAACCUAGCUAGCUUCUUUAUUUUUCUUAUCGAGUAUAUUUUCUUCUUCGCAAGUUGGGCAUUUUUCUUUCGGUUUUUCCGAAUUUGUACUAUAUUUUUUCAUUCGGGUUCGUAUCGAAUCGACAAAAAAGAGAGAAUAGAGAGAUGACAAACUGUGUAGAUCAAGCUGUUCCUUCAUCUGAGCAACUUUGCUACAUCCCUUGCAACUUCUGCAAUAUUGUUCUUGCGGUAAGUGUGCCAUGCAACAACAUGUUUGAUAUAGUAACAGUCCGAUGUGGGCACUGCACAAAUCUAUGGUCAGUUGACAUGGCAGCUGCUUUCCGAUCUUUCGCCUCCUCAUGGCAGCACCACCAACAGCAAAACUUUCAUCAGGGGCCAAAUUGUGGUAAUACGGGAGAAUAUAAGAUUGACAAUUUGGGUUCAUCUUCAAAGUGCAACUACACUAACAAGGCAACAACCAUGCGAAUUUCCCCUCCUAUGAACAAUAAUACGUCUGAGGAAAGGAUUAUUAAUCGCCCACCUGAGAAGAGGCAACGCGUACCAUCUGCUUACAACCAGUUCAUAAAAGAAGAAAUUCAGAGGAUCAAGGCUAAUAAUCCGGAUAUUAGUCAUAGGGAAGCUUUUAGUACCGCUGCCAAAAAUUGGGCGCAUUUCCCCCAUAUUCAUUUUGGGCUCAUGCUGGAGACGAACAACCAAGCUAAGCUAGAUGAGGGCUCACAAAAGCAUCUCAUGCCAAGGACAGCUUUACUAAACAAUUGAUCGUCCAAAGAAUUCAGAUUGAAGCAUUUGUUUUCUCAUAUAAGUAAAUGAAGACUAAACUAUGUGCUCCAACAAAAGUAUUAAACUGUAUUUUACUACUUUCAAGUUGUGUUGUGUGGGUUAUUUUGGAUGUUUUUGUUACAUGAUCUUGUCAUCAAUAUGCUAAGUAUGUAAUGAAUUAUUUUUCAAUGUUAUAAUGAUGCAAAGCUCUCCAUAUGAAAGCAACGACAGGUUGCUUAGCUUCUAUAUA